GUUGUGGUAAAAAAAAAUGGUUUUAGUUAUGCGUUCGCUCCGUCCAUCAGCGCAUUUGAGACCCGCGGAGCGUGUGACCGGAAUUAGCUCUGGGUGACGGAGAAAACUCUGAGCUGACAGAUUCAUAGUCAUCUUCGCGUCCAAUUACGGGGUCAUGUAUUACAUCUGGCUGUAUUCCCUGAUUCAGUGCAUAAUAGCGGUGCUGGUGAUCGGCGUCAGUGUGCGGUUGUGCUUGGCUGCUGGUUUUGCUGCAGCUGGGCCAGGAGCUAGAAGCUGGACCACAUCUGCAUGCCUGCAGCUCUGCCUUGGCCUGGUGGGCUCAGUGGGCAGCAUUGUAGGCACUCCUGUCUCUGUGCUUUUGAACCUAAGGAGCUCCCAGUGCCAGUACACCUGUAUCGCUAUGGUCUCCUGUCCCCUCCUGCUCAGGCAGUUCACUGUGUGCCUUUUGCUUCUACUCACCCUCAAUACACACCUGCAGCGCCGCCUGGGGAACAGAUAUGCAGGCUUAGUGACUCGUAGGCGGGUUCUGUGCUCUGUGCUGCUCUGCUGGGUCAUUUCAGUGAUCAUCGCCUUCGGCCAGUUCAUCGUUUCUAACUCGUCUGAUACCUGGGGAGCUGCUGAGGACGACGAUACGGCUGGACUGGGGGUGGAUGAAUGGCCCGAAGCCAAUUAUACCACCCCUGCCCUCCCUCUCAAACGUCCCUACCCAGAAGAUCGCUCCGUAAUUGGGAAGUUCUUGCCUUACGGAGGUUUUCUAUCCAAGUUCCUGGUGGAGGACAAUGAGAACUUUACAUAUGCAGAGAUCCACGCCAGCCACUGGGGCGUCUGUGCCACCGACACCAUGCUCAGUCCGGUCUUCCUGGUUUAUGUUUACGCCGUCUCUGUGUUUGUUAUCCCUUUGUUGGUUCUGUCGGGCGUGUAUGUGGACUUGAUGUGUUUCACACCACAGCAGGUUCCCACGAGCUCCACGUUUUCUCAGAAACGAAGCUCAGUGCGCGCUUGCUCAUUGGCUCUCUCGAUUUCUCUGCUGGUAAUGCUUUGCCUGCCCCUGCACAUCACCCACGCUUUGUUACUCUUCGCCCCGAGCACUGCUAGACCCAGCUGGACCUCUCUGAUGGCCUCUGUUCUCUUCCAGAUGUAUAGCCUAGUGCCCCCACUUCUCUUCACCAACACCUCUCAGCAGGUAGGCUUCGAGUGCUCCUUGUUAUCUGCGCCCAACCUGACCUCGAGGGUUAUCUCCUCUCGAGUCAAAUCGGUGGGGAGCGCUUUCCGUUCAGUGGAAGAUUUCAGUCACCCUGGACCGACGAUAAAAGUCAAAGUUGCUCCAGAGAUAUGACGGGAUGUCAUGUGAAGAGGGCACUUACACCAAAAGUUAUCUGUAGAGUUCUUGCAUGGGUUACAUAAAAUUAUAUUCAGCAGUAGAGUAAAACUAAUCCAACACUAGCUCAUGGCAGAUUCCAGGCUUUUUGCAGUGUAUUUGUGUUAGGGUCAAUCCAUGUCAAUCCAUUUCAGAUUGAGUUUAAGAAGUGUGUUGCUGCACAACCAUUUCGUUCAAACUUUUUUGUGUGUAACCUCAAACUAAAGUAUGAACAAAAUGGUCAUAUUUUUUAAGCCCCCUGAAAUUAUAGACCUACAUGCUACGUUUCUCCAAAAUGUGCCCAUUUAAAUUCAGCUAAUGACUGUAGUCAUUAGUUCUAUUUAAAUGGGCACAUUCUUUAUUCUCAAUGAAGUCUUUUCGAUUGAUGAUUUCAGACUCUAUUGUUAUUCAUCUCUGCUAUUUGACCGCUUUUGAAAGUCCAGCUUUAAUGCUGUGAUUCACAUAUUGUCUUAUAUACUUUGACAAACUGAUUUAAAGCAAUGUAAA